AUGGACAGAGCUGUCUUCUCAUCUCUUGCGGAUGAUAGGAACGCUGAGCCCUUCGGCUCCGAUCCUCUUAUGACCCGGAAGCCGGCGCCGGAGCAACGCUUCAGCGACGGGUCUUUGGGAGAGAAAACCCAAAUUCUGGCUGUCUCCCAAGGUGAUGAUGCAACCCCUAAAUCAGCUGUUCAAGGGCAGCAUAGGGAGCUACAUUCGAACUCCGGGUCACCCGUCGUUUCAGAAACUGCUACGCCCGCCGAUGCUGCUUUUGUCGUUGCUUCUGGGUCCGCUACCUCUGCUACGUCCGCUACUCUUUCAUCUGGCGUUUCCUCUGUUGAUUCGGAAGGUGAGAAACCUCCUGUAUCUAGGGAUAGGACACAGGAUGUCGGCGUGCAUCGAUUCGAUGCUGUGGAGGAAACGAACAGCGGGCAGGGGUCGAUGCUGGAUGAGAACACAGAAGCGCCGGCAACCACACGCGGCCGACCCUCUAUGUGGACAUGGAAUCCGUUGAAUCCAGGGGACGAACCAACGGAGGCGGAGGACCUGAAGCACGAGGGCGUGCCUGGGGACUUCGUUAGUAUCCCAGUCCUCGAUCAGGCUGCAGGGCACCAGUCUGAGCAAGCAGAGGAUGUUGCAGCACCACAAACCGAAGCACCAGCAGAAGGAUAUGACAACAGUGCCACUUCAUCGAGUAGCGCGGCCGCUUCAGGCCAAGCAGCAGAGGAAGAGCAAGAAGACACCAACCAGAAAAGCAGCAGCGGCAAGUACCGUAGACAGUUUGAAAAGAGAGUUGCAGAAGGCAGAACAAGCGAUCUUCCGGACAGCGAGUCCUCUUCUGCUUCUUCAAAAGGCAGCGAUCAGGCGAACGAGGAGUCCAACGCCGCGUCGCACGCGCCCGACGCCACCACCGUUGACGGGUCGAUUUCGGAAUCGGAGUCUGGGUCGAUUGGACGGGGAUCCGCCAAAGACAGUAGCAAUCAUAGCAACACUGCUGACAACAGCAGUGGGAGGGGCGUCGGGCGUUCAAAGCGUCGCUCGCGCUUCGCCAGCCCUUCAGGGCUAAGCGGGGAGUCGGACGACUCUCUUUAUACUCCUUGGAGUCCAGUGACUGCUCGUACAGGUCGUUCGGCUUCGGGAGAGGCUGCGGUAAGAGAAGAAGAGACUGUCAGUCGUAAAACGGAGUGUGUGUAUAAGGUGGCGGGUGUCCGUAUCGACGCUUCCUACGUGGACACUGCAUGUACGGGUACUAUACAUGUUGCAUACCAAAGUGAGCAAGGAAAAUUCAUGCAGCGACGGCUGCUUCUGAGCAAUACAACGGAGGACCCCGUCACUGUUGUAAUGAAGACGGUCAACGCCAAGUUUAAAGCUUCCGUUCCCGCUUACAGUAGCUCCUACUAUCGAAGCUUCUCGGGACCGUACUCGUUCUUGCAAGGGGAAGAAGGCGGCGACACAGAUUCAACAACCACUGCAGCGGCAGAAGAAAAAGCAGCAGAUUACAUCAGAUCUAUGCUCAAGGAAAUGCGCAGAGUGCGACGGAAACUCCCAAAUCGCCCCUUGGACUUAGUUGUUGGCUUUACGAGCCCUCUUGACGGCAGCAGCGAGGGGACAGAUGCAGACGGGAUAGCGGCCAGCUUCAUGCAGACAUCUGCGGGGGAGGCGCGGAUAGCGCAGUCAUGCGACGAGGUUCUUUCGGUGCUGGAGGACAGAGAAGGUUUCUCUUGCGAAAUUCUUGAGGCAGUUGACGUCAUCAUUUUGCAGUUCCCACCAUCUGCAGAUUUGUCCGACAAGGGCGAAGUGGAGAAGGUGCUGUCCAAGUUGUUAUCCCUCGAGGGGAGGAAUAUUCUCUUUUUCGAAGUUGCAAAGCCGGCUUCGCUCCAAAUGGCGCCUGUGGGAGAAGGGCUUCCCGACCCGCCCAAGAGGUUGACGGAAAAAUGGGCCUUUGUUCAGGCCAAGGAAGCCUUGCAAGAGCAGUGCUCAGCAGAGGCAACUGCCAAAACGCGCCUCCUGUCAGAGGAUGGCGACGCUGAUUCCCCGGUGGCUGCUAACCUCCCUCAAGACCCUGAUUUAGAAAAGCGUCUCUGGGGAAUGUACAGCGCGCGCUGUGUGCACGCCUGGCUGCAUGGAGAAAAAGGCCACAAGGAAGUUGUGGUGGCGGUAAUUGACUCAGGCGUGGCUAGCCAUCCUGACUUAGACGAAAAUAUUUGGCACAAUGCUGCCGAGUCAGCCGACGGAGGCGAUGAGGACAAUAACGGAUUCAUAGACGACACGGACGGCUGGAAUUUUGCAGAUGAUUCGAACCAUGUCGUCGAUACAAACGGACACGGCACCCACGUGGCAGGCACAGUAGGGGGCGUAGCCAACAACAAAGACAUCGUCGGCUGUUCGCCGCUCGUCUCCAUCAUGAAAAUACAACAAUUUGGCUCCAGCGGGACGGGUUCAAUAGGGGACGCAGUGCGGGGUGUGGCGUACGCGAUGCUGCAUGGUGUGGAAGUGAUAAACAACAGCUGGGGUGCAACGGAAACGACUGAUUCGUUGCAACUGUUGAUGGAGAGGUCUCAGGCCAUGCGGGGAGGGUUAGGGACCCUUAUUGUUAAUGCUGCAGGGAACAGCAGCAGCAACAAUGACCUUCUGCCUUUUUACCCCGCAGGCUUCGACUACCCAAAUACCAUUUCCGUAGGUGCUUAUGACGCUGAUGGGAACCUGGCCUCCUUCAGCAACUACGGCAGGAACAGCGUCUGCUUAUUAGCUCCUGGAGACAGAAUUUACUCAACUUACCUUGAAGAAGGCUUUGCCUUCCUCUCAGGAACCUCCAUGGCAGCUCCACAUGUUUCCGGCGCAGCAGCACUUGUAUUUGGAGUGUUCAAGAAAGCCAACUCGGACGUCACCGCAGCAGAGGUCAGAGACAUCAUCAAGGCCACUGUUCAGCCUCUCGCAGCGGCAGAGCAGACUACUCAGUGGGGCGGUGCUCUCGAUGCCGAAGCCGCCGUCUUGUCCGUGCGCGACACAAAACAGCUACUCCAGGAGAGAAGUUGCUGCAGCCUCUAG